AUGAGAGCUGGCGCGCCGCGAAAGGCGUUUCAUGGCUUUCUCAGGUUGCGCCAGGUGCGGAACUUCCAUGCCUCCCGAGCAGUUGGUCGCCAGGAAAAUGGCGUGGAGCUUUCUCGGACGAGGAAUAUUGGGAUCAUAGCCCAUAUCGAUGCUGGCAAAACCACAACCACGGAGCGCAUGCUCUAUUAUAGUGGACACACGCGACGUAUUGGAAACGUUGAUGAGGGUUCGACGGUGACGGACUUCCUACCCGCCGAGCGAGCCCGUGGAAUCACCAUCCAGUCCGCUGCGAUAACGUUGCAUUGGCCUCCUCGGGCCACCGAUGACUCGGUCGCUGGCGACUCGGUUCCUUCUCUUAAUAACCAGUCGCACCGGAUCAACCUUAUUGACACUCCAGGUCACGCCGACUUCACCUUUGAAGUCGUCCGCUCUCUUCGUGUACUAGACGGUGCCAUCUGCAUUUUAGACGGAGUGGCGGGCGUCGAAGCCCAGACCGAGAAAGUCUGGAUCCAGGCGGACCAUCACCAGAUCCCGAGGCUGCUGUAUGUCAACAAGCUGGAUCGCAACGGCGCCUCAUUUCGUCGUACCGUACGCGAUAUUGCAUCUCGACUCCAUGUGUGGCCAGCGGUGUGUCAGAUCCCUUGGUUUGACGGUGCGGGCAAACUCAUCGGCCUGGCCGAUGUCGUUGGUCUGAGGGCAUUGAAGUGGGUCGCAGGGUCGGAUGGGCGUGUGAUCGAAUCGAUUCCGUUGCAGUCGUUAAAAUCACAUGAUACGGUGCUUGCGAUGGAGAUCGCAAAAGCAAGAGAAGCGCUAGUGGAAAUACUCAGCGAGUUCGAUGAUCAGCUGGUCGAGAGCUUCCUCGACAAUGACCAGAAUCACCUGGCAAUAUCGGAGCACGACAUGCUUCAUGCGCUCCGACGAUGCACGUUGCAUGACCCCCAGCGCGUCGUGCCGGUCGUUAUCGGCGCGAGCUUGAAAAACAUCGGAGUGCAGCCUCUCCUUGACUGCGUGAAUCGAUUUCUUCCGGCGCCGUCGGAUCGACCAAGUCCGAAAGUGCAGCUCGACCAAGCCCAACCGAUCCUUGACGACGUGCUUUCGGGGGAAGCAAUCAAGGCCUACCUUGAAGCACAGAAAUCCCGCUCGAGAAAGGCAAAAAACCUGGCAACACGACGCCCCAUGGCGCUGGUUCAAUCCAUGGAGAGCUUAUCCUUGGCGUUCAAAGUCGUCAAUGAUGCAAAGCGCGGCGUCCUAGUCUACGUUCGAGUCUAUUCAGGGGCCCUUUCGCGGAACUCCAACUUAUACAAUACGAACCUCAAGCUCGUCGAGAAAGCGACUCGCUUGUUGGAGAUGUACGCUUCCGACGCCGUCGAUGUUCCUCAGAUCCAGGCGGGUCAGAUCGGAGUCAUCGUAGGACUGAAGCAUGCUCGAACGGGCGACACUCUUCUCGGGCACGUUGGCCGCGCGUCGGUCCCUCCGCCGAUCGAUUCGCUGCAAUUGCAACCCAUCGUGGUCCCUCCCCCUGUGUUCUUCGUUAGCCUCGAACCCCAGAGCCUGUCCGCUGAGAAGCAGCUGGCCGAAGCGUUGGCGAUUCUUCUGCGGGAGGAUCCCAGCCUGUCGGUCUCGACGGACAAUGAGAGCGGGCAGACGCAUCUUGCGGGCAUGGGCGAGCUGCAUCUGGAGAUCGCGACGGAUAGGCUCAUCAAUGACCUGAAAGCGGUUGUCUCCGUCGGGAAGAUUGAGAUUGGGUACCGAGAAGCGAUCAUCCGCACCUCGCAAGUGCAGGCAGGGGUAUACGACCGUGAAAUUGCUGGAAAGCGGUCCAAGGCUUCUUGUAGCGUUGUUGUAGCGCCGCGACAGGAUGAGGACUUGAGUAACAUGUCAGGUAACGAUGACCACACGGUCAUGUUACCCGAUGAGAACCUUCUCACCAUUAGAAUGGCAGACGAAUUCGAUGCCCGACUCGAAAGCGGAUCAGACAACCCGUCUACUCUCACCCUACCAUCGGUCAUUCAAGCCGCCAGAAACGGGGUCACCGCGGCUUUGGCCCGUGGACCGAAGAUGUCUUAUCCCCUAUACGGCGUGCAUGUCCAGCUUUCUUUCGAUCAGGCCAGCCUCUCCUCCGACACCACGCUUGGAGCUAUUUCCGGAGCCGCACGGAGCGCGGCAUCCCACGCACUCAAAAACUCGGUCGAAACCAGCGGCUUUGUACUGAUGGAGCCCCUUAUGCUCGUCGCGAUCGACGUGAACGAAGAAAGCAUGGGCCCCGUCGUCCACGACCUGAGCUCCGCCCGCAGCGGCCAAGUCAUGUCCCUCGACCUUGAUGAACCGCAGCACGACGCGUCGUCCGAUUCCGACUUUGUCGUGGACAUGCGCCGCGUCUACACGCCUCCGGAUCCGUUCGGGGACAACGGCACAGGCACGGAAUCCAUCGCGCGAAGUCCGGUCGGUGGGCGGCGGCGGAAUAUCACGGCCAAGGUCCCGUUGAGGGAGAUGGUGGGGUAUCUGAAGACGCUGCGGUCGCUGACGAAGGGACGAGGGUCAUUUACGAUGGCGGUGGAUACGUUUGAGCGGAUGACGCCGGCACAGCAGAAGCGGAUGCUGGCAGGGUAG